AUGCCACUACCAAUCCCACCAGCACCAGCCGCGGAGUCUCCUCUCUUCCGUCAUCGCCAACUUGCCCCGACAGCUAGUGUACGAGUCUCUCCAAUCUGCCUUGGAGCCAUGAAUUUUGGCGAUGCGCAUAAAGCCAAUUUGGGUGAAUGCAACAAGGAAACUACAUUUGAGAUUCUCGAUACUUUCAAGAGUCUAGGCGGUAACUUUAUCGAUACCGCCAACAUAUAUCAAAAUGGGGAAUCGGAGACCUGGCUCGGAGACUGGAUGAAGUCAAGAGACUCUAGAGAUGAAAUGGUCAUUGCCACUAAAUACUCCUCUCCUUAUCAGCUGUAUCAUCCUGAGAAGAUCCAAUCAAACUUUGGAGGCAACGGAACGAAGUCCCUCAGAAACUCAAUCGAAGCCUCACUCAAGAGACUCCAAACCGACUACAUAGAUCUCCUCUACAUUCAUUGGUGGGACUACACAACCACCAUCCCGGAACUCAUGCAUUCGCUCAAUGACCUUGUUUCAUCCGGCAAAGUGAAUUACCUAGGUGUGUCUGAUACACCUGCUUGGGUUGUAACAAAAGCAAAUCAAUAUGCUAGAGAUCAUGGCUUGCGUCAAUUCGUCGUAUACCAAGGCUUGUGGAAUGCGGCUAAACGUGAUUUCGAACGUGAGAUUGUCCCCAUGUGUAAAGAUGAAGGUAUGGGAUUGGUUCCAUGGGGCUCUCUUGGGCAAGGGCGUUUCCAAACCGAAGCUACCUUCAAGGAGCGGGAGAAGAACAACCCAGGUCGUCAAGGCAAGCCUUCCACUUUUGAGAAGCGAGCUUCCAAAGUAUUGGAGAGUAUCGCCGCCUCUAAGAACACCAAUAUCACCAGCGUUGCCAUGGCAUACAUCAUGCAAAAGGCUCCAUAUGUCUUUCCAAUUGUUGGAGGUCGCAAGGUCGAGCAUCUUAAGGGCAACGUCGAAGCUCUCAAGCUUGUUUUGACUGAAGAGGAUGUUGCCAAGAUUGACAGAGCAAAUUAUUUUGAUCCAGGCUUUCCAAGUACCUUCUUGAGUGGUUCGCAGUUUGAUGAGGAUCUAGACACUGAUCAUGUGAUCCCUGAUGGUCCUAAGGAUGUUUGGUUGACGCAAUCUAUGGGUACAUUUGACUGGGUUGAGGGUCCUAAGGCUCUCAAGCCGGUUGAGAAGAAUUAG